AAAUUACUUUAGAGUUUUGUGGAUUGUUUUGGUUAAAAAUUAAUUAAAUUCAGUAAAGAUGUUCCCGAGCUCAUCAAUAAUGUCUAGUUUAAAAGCUGUCACACGAGUUUCAGCGAAUUUAUUUCAUACAACAGCAAUCAACAAUGAAGUCAGGCUAUUAACAAGACUAAGAGUUGUUGAUAACAGUGAAAUAGGCAAGAGAGCUAUGAUGGAAGGAAAGCCACCAAAAACAAUCCAUGUCUACAAUCAGAAAAAGGUCGGAUUUAUUGGAGAUAAAGUUAUGGUAGCAAUUAAAGGUCAAAAGAAGAAGGGAAUUCUGGUUGGAAUGAAGCAAAUGCAGAAGCCGAAAACUCCACGAUUUGACACAAAUAAUGUCGUAUUAAUAGAUGAUAACGGAACACCUUUAGGAACCAGAAUAUUCGUUCCAAUCCCAACAAUCCUCAGGACAAUAUUAAAAGAGAAAACAAGAUCCAAAGGAGCUGAUUACACAAAGUUAUUAGCUAUAGCAUCCAGAUUUGUAUAGGAACUCAAUAAUAUCUUUUAGACUAAUAGGAAUAAAGCCAUUUAUUAUUCAA